AUGAACGUUCUGUUCGCCUUGUCUGCUCUCUUUGCUGCCUCCACGACCAUCGUCGCCGAAGAUAGAGUUGUCGGCGGCGUCGAAGCUGCAGUUGGCCAGCACCUGUACGUGUCCGGAUUUCGCAAAACCGAGACGGGGGCUUCUUCGUGCGGGUCCAGUUUGAUCGCCCCCGACGUCGUAUUGACCGCCGCCCAUUGCACUGGAAGAGGCUACGAGUUUGUGUCGAUCGGGUCGCAUUACAAUUCCGGCACCAAAGACGGCGAACGCAUCAAAGUCAAGCAAUUCAUCAACCACCCUAAGCACAACGCCGUAACCAGGAGCUACGACUUUGCCGUCUUGAUCUUGGAACAACCAUCCAAGUUCCCUCCGGUCCAGGUCUCGUUCGACACAAUGGCGCCUGGCACCCCUAUGAUUUUGCGCGGGUGGGGCCGUACGAUUUCGGGUGGACCUGUUUCCCAAUCGCUAAUGGAAGUCGGCGUGGAUUCCAUCAGCAACGACCAAUGUGCAAAGGUGUUGGCCCCACACACCGUGAACGAAGCCAUGCUGUGUGCGGGCGGCAAGUUGGGCGAAGAUUCGUGCCAAGGCGACUCUGGUGGACCGUUGACGGUGGAAUCGAACGGGUCUGUCCAGUUGGUGGGUGUGGUCAGCUGGGGCGUCGGCUGUGGCAACCUGGGCAAUCCUGGCGUGUACAGCCGCAUCUCGAUCGCCCGCGACUUCAUUGAACCCUUCAUCACCACGUCCCCCGCCACUGGCUCUAAUACCACCAACCAUUCUGCCAGCCCCAUGACCCCUACUGCGGUCCCGAUUACCACGACCCCAACCAUGGCUCCUAUCACCACUGCCGAAGUACCUAUUACCACGACCCCAACCAUGGCUCCUAUCACUACUGCCGAAGUACCUACAGUGGCCCCCACAGUCACCCAUUCUGCCAGCCCCAUGACCCCUACUGCGGUCCCGAUUACCACGACCCCAACCAUGGCUCCUAUCACCACUGCCGAAGUACCUAUUACCACGACCCCAACCAUGGCUCCUAUCACUACUGCCGAAGUACCUACAGUGGCCCCCACAGUCACCCAUUCUGCCUGUUCCACGACCCCUACUGCGGUCCCGAUUAACCCGACCCCAACCAUGGCUCCUAUCACCACUGCCGAAGUACCUACUGUGGCCCCCACAGUCACCCCUACGACUGCCUCGCCGUCCAAGUGCAAUGGCUGCUCUACCUGCUUCUACCCUACGCUGAACCACUGCUUCCCCCCUGCAUACACCAAGCCGACCUGUGCCACGUUCGCGAGUUUGGGGGCGUUCUGGUGCGGCAACUAG